CGACACACUCUCUUUUUCUGUGUGAUAAAUUUCUGUGAGUGAAUGCAAAAUACCACUACAACGCUUCCGGACAGGCGCGAGCAUCUUAGCAUACAAAAUAAGCAAUUCCGAUUGCGGUCUUGUUGCACAACCCAAUAAUGUCAUUACUUAGUUACGAUCGGGGUCUCAUUACUUGCGCAAUUUUUACCAAUGAUGGUGAUGCUGAUUUUGCAGCAAUUGAACUGCUAUGUACGUACCGUCCGGAGUGCGGUUGAAAGAUGAGAGAAUGAAAAGUGGCUGUUCAGAGCUGGAAGGCGUUUCACCGUGUCCUCUCGGAGCGAUUUGAUAACGCGUGAAGCUUCCGCUUACGAUCACAAACUCUGUUUGUUUUCGAGAAAGAACUACAGUGUCACUCUUAUUGAAAAACAGACAGUCGCGAAGGUAAGUAGGUUCAACAGAUGCAAAUACUUCAAUAGGUUGUGACCACCAAGAAACUGCACAACAAGCAACCAUGCCCACCUUUGCGGCACAGCAUCUGGCCAGCGUGGCUGCUCCAACUGUUGGAACCACAUUGGGUGCUACGCAAAUACCAGCGACGGUGGGUCCUCGUGGCACCAACCCCUCAACCUCCGCAGGUCUCGUCCCUGCUUCCACUCUAUAGCACUUAGCCGCACUGGAGCUCGUGCAUGAGAGAGCCAUAAAGGGCACAGUUAGAGUACAUUACCUUCAGUACCCAAGGUACGAUUUUUUUUCAAAAAUGCCCGGGUUAUCGCAGCAUCUUAAUGAAUACGUCGCGACCUGGUCGACGGGGCGGUUUCGACAAGUAAAUUUGCGGGUGCUCGAGCUCGUGCUUCAGGCAUGCAUGACAAAGAUGCUUUUCAAUUUCAUCAUGCAAAAACAUCUCGCUUCUGCAUGGAGAAAAACGCAACAGGUCCGAAGACAACCAGUUUCGUCGAAUGGAAUGGAGAAAAUGCACCAAGUUCUGCGAUGAAUUCGCCAUUUCUACACGCACCGGAACGGGGUGUUGCUAAUUAUGCUGAGUCGCUACCGUUUCGCCGACCAGGACCCGAUUACCCGAUUCCAGCAAGGACUAGUACAAAGCGGCAGCUUGCGACGCCGUCAAGUUCGAGUUCAAGUCGGGUCUCAAGUUUUGCUAAUACCGACAGCGGGCAAGGGUUGUCGGCAGUGACCGGCGCGGACAAGAGAGUGACAGCAGGUACAGGUGGUUUUGUGUUGUGGUCCGUGCAUGAGCUCGUUUUGUAUGUGGAAACAUCCAAGGCCUUCGGCGCUGUUGAGAACCGAACCGAAACUCUAAAAAAAAAACAGGUGCGGGGAGAUCGAGGAAUACAGUGGCGUCGCAUGGAACGCAAACAAGUGGUGGUACCGCAGCAGUGGACGCAACUAGCUUCAGAUGGGGGUUUCCCUUCUUACGAUCGAGUAUCAAACGAAAAUCAUAGAUAUGUUCUUUGAUUGUUUUUGAUGACAAUAGCAACACAGCCAAUGUAUCAGCAUCAAUCUUCUUCACAACCAAUCGGAAUUAAUUGGAAAUUUCCCAUUCAAGUUAGUUGCACUUUUAUGCGCACUGUAGCAAAACCCCAGAACUACAAAAUUGGUUGAAGUCGGUAACGACGCGUGGCAUGGAGUAUUCCAUUGGUGCUGCCCCGUGUCGCUGUUGCAUGCGUUUGCCUCGGGUGCAUUUCAGUAGGCCUCAUCACUCACGCUUCGAAUUUUCACAAAUCACAGGUAAACCGGCAAAACCUACUCCCCCGGAGGAUCCGCCACUAUCAGCAUGAAAGGCGUUCACAGGAAAGGGGUUUGCGACGCAUUUUUGCAAUCGACAAGUGCAUACAAACCUGAAGCCAGGAUACACAAAGGAAAGACGCUUCUUCAAGAAACAAAACGACUCCCAGUUCAAUAUUUAUGUGCGGCUAAAAUGGUUCUCGGAAAUGUAGUUAAGAUGAAUCCAGCUGAGUUGACAAAUGAUCUGGUAGUGAACAUUUUUCCUGCUGAAACAGGAACAUCGUCAAGAUUGAUGGAGACAAGUUGCUGUUCGGUGGCAGGGAUUGUGCGCGAAUCACAGACGUCAGUACGUGUCGUGCCUCUGGAAAUGAAAACCCAACACCCGAUGACGGGGCGGCGCCUGAUGCUACCGGAGAAGUCCGCGACGUGCUGUGCGUGACGAAGCAGGAGGGGUGCGAAAAUAUACAGCUUUUCAACGUGAACCUCUGUUGGAAUGCAAAAUCUAGGUGGGCAACAGUGUGAAGAGAUCAAAAAACCAAACUCUCCACAGGGGUGAAGACGCUCUGGGCAUAUGCGAGCAGCCGGGACCACCACACGUCGCCAGCGAAGACCACAUACCGACGCCAGCACCCGCUGCAGCCGAAGCACCGACAGCGACAGCCGAAGCACCGACAGCGACAGCGGCAGUGCGGAGAAGUAAUUUCGACCGAAACGGGCCACGAGCUCUUGCUGUCAAACCCGCGGUUGAUGUGCGCUUCUUGCGAACGAUAGAGCUAUUGCAUCGAAGAAAUUGUUAG